AUGCAACUUACGGGGAAGUUUGAGGGGUCAUUUUCGAUCACCAAGGUCUUUGUUUAUGAAACUAUUAGCAAAUCGGUUCCUGUCCACCGGAGGGCGUGUCCGACGCCAUCGGUCGCUCGCCGGAGUGAGGGAAACAAAGAUGCACAGCGCUCUAACCCUGUUAUGGACAACCGGUUGGUCGUAUCUCUGAACCCUAUCUCAACUCUCUUUCUCGCUGCCGUGUCACGUGGAGAAAAUUGUGUCAAGGGCCAUGGAGAAUCCGCCAACGGUCUCUCGCGGCUGCGUGACCCUCAAGGGUUUUUACCCCAGCAUGCCCACGCUGGUCCGCGCAGAAUGCUGACAUUGGGAUGCGCCCAGCAAACGCCCAGAGAAAGAGCCCCAGACUUUUCACUGGGCAAGGACAGUACCCUUGUGGUCUUGUUUGUGGAGAAAUUUUUCCGACUCCAACAUCGUUCAAGUUUCUCACAGGCCUUUGCUAUUCAAUAG